ACUCGGGAACUCCGGCGCCUGGCUGGCUCGAGAGAUUGCACGGUGCGGAGGCGCAGGGUGUCGGGCUAGUUAUGGCGUCCCCAUCUCGGAGGCUGCAGACUAAACCAGUCAUUACUUGUUUAAAAAGCGUUCUCUUGAUCUACACUUUCAUCUUUUGGAUCACUGGUGUUAUCCUUCUUGCCGUUGGCAUAUGGGGCAAGGUGAGCCUGGAAAAUUAUUUUUCCCUCUUAAAUGAGAAGGCCACCAAUGUCCCUUUUGUGCUCAUUGGCACGGGCACUGUCAUUAUUCUCUUGGGCACCUUUGGUUGUUUUGCUACCUGUCGGGCCUCUGCAUGGAUGCUGAAACUGUAUGCGAUGUUUCUGACCCUCGUUUUUUUGGUUGAACUAGUUGCUGCCAUUGUAGGAUUUGUGUUCAGACAUGAGAUCAAGAACAGCUUUAAAAGUAACUAUGUAAACGCUCUGAAGGAGUACAACUCCACAAGGGAUUAUAGGAGCGAAGCCGUAGACAAGAUCCAAAGUACGUUGCAUUGUUGUGGUGUCACCAACUCUGGAGAUUGGGAAGAUACUAAUUAUUAUUCAGAAACAGGAUUUCCCAAGAGCUGCUGUAAACUGGAAGGUUGUACUCCACAGAGAGACAAAGAUAAAGUCAACAAAGAAGGUUGUUUCAUAAAGGUCAUGACAAUUAUAGAAUCAGAAAUGGGAGUUGUUGCUGGAAUUUCUUUUGGAGUUGCUUGCUUUCAGCUAAUUGGAAUCUUUCUCGCCUACUGCCUCUCUCGUGCCAUAACAAAUAAUCAGUAUGAAAUAGUAUAAGCAGUAUACACGCGGGCUUAUUCCUCUCCAACUUUAAGGUUACCCUUGCGAGUUUUAAUAUUGCCUGGAUGGAGACUGGAGAACUAUACCAGGAGACUGAUUCAAUCAAGACAUUUGUGUAUUGUGUUCUAUGUCCACUUUCUGUCCUAUUCUUACACGCCUGGAUCUGAACACUGGAAGAGCUAGUAAAUUGUAACUGAAAUAAUGCCCCAUGUUUCCCUUAAUUUUUAUUUCUCAGUGUGGUGGCUGUAAAACGUCCUGUGAAUUUGCCAUUUUGAUACAGUGUUGAUGGCAAUUUAACCCCUAUGAAUUUGCCGUUGAUGUAGUAUGAUAGAAAAUUGGCUUCCCUGGGUGGGCCUCUUGUGAGUCAAGAAUCUGUGGCUUGAUUGUAUAAUCUGCACCAAGAAGGAAAAUGUUUCAUUAGUCUCUGUUGAUAGAGUCAUAUUGUCUAAUUUCUUUCCAGGUCGUCAUCAGUAGUGCCCAUCAUUAGUAUUCCUGGGGGUUGGUAAGCGUCUCAGGCUUUGAGUGCAAAGCACUAAGACUUCAGAGCCACUGCCCACAUUCUGUGACCCAUCAGCUUUCAGCACACAGUGUAUGUAUUUUUGUCUCCAAACUAAGGCAUUUAUACGGAUUAUACUUUGUUAUUUGAAAGGUUAUUAUUACUUUAAUGGUAUCAGAACAGUUGUCUUUCCUUUAUGAAUUUAAUGGAACUUAUCUUGAUUAACUUUAGCUAGGUUUUCCUUACCAAGCUGAAAUAAUAGUUCACAUCAACUGUCACCAUCUUGGUUAAUUUUAAUAGUGUUUGUUUUGGCUUGUAUCCUUGAUUAAUAAAUAUAAACCCUUUACACAAUAAACACUGCAUUUCCUCUAAAAGAAUUGUUCAAACUUUUAUAAAAUCUCCUAGAAUGGUUGUUUUCCACUGAGAAAGAGAAGUCCCGCAUUUUCACGUGUAGCCCCACUUUUAGGUUGGGGAUGAAAGGUAAACCAAGGCCUUACGUCU